GCCUAAGUUGGCAUAUCUGCGCGCAAACGUUUCGCGGGUAUGUUCAGCGCGCACGGCACGACGAGCAAGCAACUUUUCCCAUGAUGGCCGAGAUUGCGGUGAGGGGUUAGUGAAUUUUCUGUAAUAUAACGGGGAUUUGUAUAUUAGAAUGACCAUGAUUUCUAAAACUGCGGUCGGCAUUGCCGUUGGGAUCGCCGGGAUCUUCGUCGGCUACUGUUUCUACUUCGAUCAGAAACGUCGUAGCGAUCCAGAUUUCAAAAAGAAGCUCCGCGAACGUAGAAAAGCUAAGAAGCAAGCGCAGAAAUCAUCCUCAAAGAUACCAGAUUUGAGGGAUCAUGAAUUGGUUCAGAAAUUCUUUUUGCAAGAGGUACAACUUGGAGAAGAAAUGCUUGCUUGCGGUGAGAUAGAUGGUGGAGUCGAGCACUUAGCUAAUGCAGUGGCAGUUUGUGGCCAGCCAGCCCAGUUAUUGACAGUUCUUCAGAAGACUCUACCACCACCCAUUUUCCAAAUUUUGGUGCAGCGACUUCCUGUUAUUGGCUCGAAGAUAGCAUCACAAACUCAAAUGGCGGAAGAGGAUGUUGAAUAAAGGAAUAUAAAAUUUCAUUGAGUUCUUAAAUAAAAUCUGGAAAUUAGCAAAGAGUUUGCUCAUUUUUGCACAAUAUGGGUGCAAAUAGUUUACAUCUAGAAACUCCUAUACUAUUGUACAAUUCAUUAUUUUGAAUUGUACAAAAACUUCCAUUGUCUAAAUAGAUGUGUGUACCAAUCUGCAAGAAAUUUUUACAAAUAUUUAGUGUUUUAUUUUGUUAAACAGAUAUAUUUUUAUAUCUGUUUAUUUAAAUAAAAUAAAUUUAAUUGAACAAUUUUGACAUAGUUUUUGAAAGGUGUAAUGUUUUGAAUAUUUUUAAUAUCUUUAAAAUAUGCUUACAGUAUUCUUACCAAAUCUAUACAUUUAAUUUCUUUGCAAUGUUAACUGCAUUAUUGUUGUAUGUUCUUAAAAAAUAUAAAGAUCUCUAAAGUUUA